AUGGUUAUUGACACUCCUGCGUCAGAUUCAGUAACUACUUUGUCUGCUUGCUUGAAUUUUUCGGUCAAUAUUUUUGGAAGGGAAUUCAGAAUGGACUUAACGGUGUUGUUUCCUGAGGCUAUUAAUGCCGACGAUCUGGCUAUGACUGCUAGACAAGUGAAAGAGGCCGUUGAAGACGGUGCAACAAUGUUUAUAUUGUUUACAUUGAUGAACUUGAAGGAGAAGGCAGUGAGUAGUGAAUUACCAGUGGUAUGUGACUUUUCGGAAGUUUUUCUAGAGGAUGUGAACGAGUUACCGUCGGAAAGAGAGGUAGAGUUUGCUAUUGAUUUGAAUUCGGGAACUAGUCCUGUGUAG